AUGCUAAAUAUCUUCACUUCAGCGUAUGAAGGCAAGCUCUUUGUUGUCCAACAAACGGUAGAUAAGGAGCCUAAAGCCGCUACUUCCAAGGACGAGGACGAUCGCACGCCACUGCAUUGGGCUGCGUCUGGUGGACACAAGAAUAUCAUUGAGUACCUCAUUGAGCACGGUGCAUCAGUCAAUGCUGUCGACGAUUCUGGUUGGACGCCACUCAUGAUUGCUGCUUCUUCUGGUCACAUUGAAGCUGUUCAAAGUCUCAUCGAUCAUGGAGCUGAUGCAUCUUUACAAAAUGAAAGUGGACAAAGUGCAUUACAUUAUGCGGCAUCAAAGAAUUGGAUCGAGAUUGUAAAGUUGCUGUUACCACGUGUUCCUGCCAAUCAGCUCAACAACAUUAAGCAAACGCCAUUACAUCGUGCGGCUGUUCAUGGAUACACGGCUAUUGUGAAGCUUCUACUUGAAUCCAAAUGCCGGGUGAAUCCUAAGGAUAGCGAGGGAAAUACGCCAUUGCAUUUGGCAUGCGAGGAAGGACAUGGUGACACUGCUGUACUGCUAUUAGACAAUGGUGGCAAUGCGGAUCAACCCAAUAGUGAAGGUCAAACGCCAUUAGAUGUAUGUCGAACAGCCGAAUUGAAAAAGUUUAUCGAGAAACAUUCUGAAUGA